AUGAAUGUCAUCAAGUUACAGAGGAAAUUCCCCAGUUUGAGCCAAGAGGACAUUUUUGGCACGAUUGAGAAGUUCAGAGAAAUUGAUCUCGAAGACAAUGGGUGGGUCGAAAAGGGCCAGGUACUAGCGGCUGUUUCAAAAUCCGGGGAGGCGUCUUACGAUGAGGCCAGAGAAACGCUGAAACAGGUUGGUGUAGACGCAUCUGGACGUGUCGAACUGGACGACUAUGUGGAGCUGAUUGCCAAAUUGAAAGAUUCUCAUGCGGGUCCUCCUCCUGCUACGAGUUUCCAGACCGGUGCUGCGCCUGCAAAUGUCCCUGUUACGCCAUCGUUCGCAGGCCUACAGCACAAGGGAACUGGCGCUCAAGCCAAGAUUAUCGUUGGUGGGUCUACUACAGGAACCACGCACACCAUUAACGAGGAAGAAAGAACCGAAUUUACUAAGCACAUCAACAGCGUCUUAGCAGGAGACCCAGACAUUGGUGACAAACUGCCCUUCGCCACUGACACAUUUCAGCUGUUUGACGAGUGCAGAGACGGUUUGGUCUUGUCAAAAUUGAUCAAUGACUCCGUUCCUGAUACUAUCGACACCAGAGUAUUGAACUGGCCGAAGAAGGGGAAAAGACUCAACAAUUUCACCGCAAGUGAAAAUGCCAACAUUGUCAUCAAUUCUGCAAAGGCCAUUGGUUGUAUUGUUGUAAACGUUCACUCUGAAGAUAUAAUCGAGGGGAAAGAGCAUUUGAUUCUCGGUCUAAUUUGGCAAAUUAUUCGUAGAGGUUUACUGAGCAAAAUUGACAUUAAACACCAUCCUGAGCUCUAUCGUCUGCUAGAGGAUGAUGAGACUUUGGAACAGUUCCUGAGAUUACCUCCUGAGCAAAUUUUGUUACGCUGGUUCAAUUACCACUUGAAGCAAGCCGGCUGGGAAAGAAGGGUCAAGAAUUUUUCAAAAGACGUUUCCGAUGCUGAGAAUUAUACAAUUUUGUUGAACCAAUUGGCGCCAGAAUUGUGCUCCCGUGCCCCUCUACAAACGCCUGAUUUACUGACCAGAGCUGAGCAAGUGCUUCAAAAUGCAGAAAAAUUGGAGUGCAGAAAGUAUUUAACUCCUAGCGCUUUAGUCGCUGGAAAUCCCAAACUGAACUUGGCCUUUGUUGCCCAUCUCUUCAAUACACACCCUGGACUACAGCCUAUUGAGGAAUCUGAGAAACCAGAGAUCGAAGAAUUUGAUGCCGAAGGUGAGAGAGAAGCCAGGGUUUUUACUCUAUGGUUAAACUCCUUGGAUGUCGACCCUCCUGUCGUGUCCUUGUUCGAAGACCUGAAGGACGGUUUAGUACUAUUGCAGGCAUACGAGAAAGUAAUGCCCGGCGCGGUCGAGCAAAGAAAAGUCAACAAACGCCCCGCUUCAGGAAACGAACUUUCUCGAUUCAAAGCACUGGAAAAUACUAACUAUGCAGUAGAACUUGGAAAGUCAAGAGGUUUUUCAUUGGUCGGUAUCGAUGGCUCGGAUAUUGUGGAUGGAAAUAAAUUACUUACGUUAGGUCUGGUAUGGCAGUUGAUGAGAAGAAACAUUGUCAAUACCAUGAAAACGCUCACCUCUAAUGGAAAAGAGCUAAGCGAUGCUCAAAUUUUGAAAUGGGCUCAAGAUCAAGUAACUAAAGGCGGCAAAACAUCUCAUGUCAGGUCUUUCGGUGAUUCAGCUUUGUCCAAUGGCCAUUUCCUCUUGGACGUCUUAAACGGCAUUGCACCCGGAUAUGUUGACUACGAUUUAGUUACAGCAGGUAACACUGACGAGGACAAAUACGCAAAUGCUAGAUUGGCAAUUUCUAUAGCCAGAAAGCUAGGCGCUCUAAUUUGGUUGGUGCCGGAAGACAUAAAUGAAGUAAGAUCCAGAUUGAUUUUGACGUUUGUAGCGUCUCUAAUGACCUUAAAACACUGA